GUGUAAGUGGAAAGCCUGUGGUACUUCUCACCAGAGAACCCCAGCCGAGUCACCAUUUUAUCUCCACUAGUGCUGACCAAACGUCUUUCACCAUGGGGCUCCGGUGUGAAGUUUUUGUUUUGCUGUUGUUUCCUCUGUUCUCCCAGGGGGAAGUGACCUUGUUCGUCAAUUGCAGUCAGUUCUUUCUGAACCAUGUUCCUCCUACGGUUCUCAGUGAUCCUACAAACAAUAAUCGCUACCAGCAAAUAUGCCAGUGUCUCCUGGACAAUAAUAAUAAACUGCAAUAUUACUAUGCCACACUCUACGACACCAACAAUAAGAUUCCUGUGUAUUCUGCCUAUGAGCUUCAACAUGCAGACAUGGAACGAAACGACUAUUGGUAUGUCGAACCUCAGCUCGAUGGUGGUAGUCACCUCUGCAUGAGUGGACUGAACCAAAUCCCGUCCAACAAUAGGGGUGAUCACCAGGCCUUGAACCGAGACUACGAGAGAUCUGGCUACGACAAGGGCCACCUCUACCCCGUCCAUCACACCUCCACCCAUUCCUCCAUGUUAGCCACCUUCACCCUGACCAACGCCGCACCCCAAGACCCAGGCUUCAACCGGGGCCAGUGGAGGGUACAUGAAGAGGACCUCGCUGAAUUACUGAAUAACGCCUGCUCCAAGGCCUAUGUGGUCACAGGUGUAGUGCCUGGUGAUACCCAGAUAGGUGAUGGUGUAAAAGUGGCUAAGUACUACUGGAGCGCAUACUGUUGUAUUAAGAGUCACACUACAGAGUCUGCAGGGUAUGUUGGUCCUGAUAACAAUGGCAGAGUGCAAACGCUGACUGUGAAAGAUCUGGAGACUAGACUCAGUGGUCCUGGAUAUUAUGGUUCACCUUUCUAUGUGUUCCAAGGCAGAUGCUAAUGCUAUAUCAGCUAGCUAAUGCUAAUUUCAUCUUGAACAACACUAUAAUUGUAACAAUGGUACAUUUUUACUGUUUUUAACACAAGAAAAUUGUAUUUUUGUUCAAUAAAAUACCAAAUGUUCAUCAUAAUAAGACAGCUG